GAGGGCGGGGCCCGAAAUGGGCUGUAGGAGCGGCGGGCGCGGCUGUUACAGUCGUUGGCGCCACUGGCGCGCGGGGGCCUCGCGGCGGGCGCGGCCGUUGGCGCUACUGGCGCGGGGGGCGUCGCGGCGCGCGGCGGGCGCGGCCGUUACAGCCGUUACAGCCGUUGGCGCGCGGGGGCUUCGCGGCGCGUGGCGGGCGCGGCCGUUACGGCCGUUAUAGCCGUUGGCGCAUUGGCGCGCGGGAGCGUCGCGGCCGUUACGGCUGUUACAGCCGGCGAGAAUCAGAGAAAUACUUAAAAGCGGAGGGGACGAAGCAGCGAUACCUGUGUUCUGGAUAGAGAGUUUAAAGAAAAUACCAGGUAAACUGGAAGGCAGGGACCAUUCGGAGGAUAUGUAAGAGAACGAAGAGGGACUGGGAAUAUCCCACUUAAUAUAUAAUCCUGUGAAUUCAGCAUUCUUCUCCGCAUUUGUGGAAGAGAAGGAAGUUUCUGUAUUAGCAGAUAUUCUUCAGGGUAAGGCACUGAAGGAAAACGGGGCGCAACAGAGAAGCAGGUUUCUGUGACGUUCCUGGGCCUGAAGGGCAACAGGGAGACCAGGGCGAGAAAGGGAAGCCAGGAAACUUUAUCGGGAGCGUCAAGCCGAGCGUGCCGGUGGCCGUGGAGGCAGUGGCGGGAGCGGUGUGCGGGGCGCCUCCUGGACGGACCUUUCCCCGUCGGCCUUGGGGCUCCAUGGCCCGGCAGCGUGGGAGCGUGCUCGCUUGCGGUACAGCCCGGCCUUUCCGAAAGGGCUUCCACAAGCAGCCCGUUCUACCAACGCCGGCGAUCCAGCGCCGUGAGCUGCAGCAGCUCGUUUGCUGUAAUUCUAGCCUCUUGCAUAAAUAAGUAAGCCAGGAUAUGUUGGGAAGAGAGGAAUACAAGGAUGCCCAGGAGGACCUGGACAGCAAGGACUGAAGGGGAAAAAGGGUGCUUAGGGACCCAGAGCUGCUAAAAUGUGGAGCUCACCAUGGCCUGUCUCUGCAUUUGUAAUGCUGGCGGUUACAGCUGCGUGCACAGAAGCAAAAGUGACCCCAGCUGUGAAGUACACGAAGAUAAAGCCGCCACAACUGGAGGGGGCCAGGGCCUUGCCCACCUCUGCUGUCCCCCUCGUGGGAAAAGGCCCCUUUCUGGAGGCACCAGGCAGAGCCAAGUUACCCACCCUGAGCGCUGCCGCCCACGCAGCCACCACACUGUUCCCGUUUGAAAACUUCACGCUUGAUGCAGCCGAUUUCUUCUUCAAUUGCUGCGAUUGCUGUCCGCCUGCGCCAGGUCACAAGGGGGACCAGGGAGAGCAAGGCCUUCCAGGUCCUAAAGGAGAGAAGGGAGAUGCUGGUCUUCGAGGUCCACCAGGAAUGCCAGGACCUCAAGGUCCAAAAGGCUCUAAAGGAGAAAGAGGUGGCAAAGGGGAACAAGGCGAACGGGGAGCAAAUGGCAUGCCAGGAUAUCCAGGCAAACCUGGAGUACAAGGUGAAGCUGGAGCCAAAGGCAAUAAGGGCAGCUAUGGCCUCCCUGGACUGAAGGGCCAAAAGGGGAGCAAAGGGGACACUUGUGAGAAUGGGACCAAAGGAGCCAAGGGAGAUCAGGGGGAUCCUGGGGCCCCGGGGCUGGGUGGAGAACGUGGGGACAAAGGGGAAAAGGGAGACAUCGGGGAGAAGGGGUAUUGCGGGGAGCCGGGAGGGAGAGGGGAGAAGGGCGAGAGGGGGGAAGGUGGGACGAAGGGAGAAAAAGGCAGCAAAGGAGAGACAGGGGUUGAGGGCGUCCAUGGGAUGGAUGGAAAACAGGGCGAAAAGGGCGAGCAGGGAAGCAAGGGUGAAAAAGGGGACCUGGGACCUGCCGGCAUGAUGGGACCCUCAGGGCCCAAGGGAGACGCUGGCAGCCGAGGGGGCAGAGGGGCUCCUGGCAAGAAAGGCUCACGGGGGCCGAAAGGCACCAGAGGCGACAGCGUGAAGCUCCCGCGAUCGGCGUUCAGCGCCGGCUUGUCUAAGCCCUUCCCUCCGCCCAACGUCCCCAUCAGAUUCGACAAGGUUUUGUACAACGACCAGGAGGAUUAUAACCCUUCCACCGGGAAAUUCAACUGCAGCGUGCCUGGGGCAUACGUCUUCGCUUACCACCUGACGGUGAGAGGGCGGCCGGCCCGCGUGAGCCUCGUGGCCCAGAGCCGGCGGGUGGCGAAGGCCCGCGAGACGCUCUACGGCCAAGAAAUCGAUCAGGCGUCGUUCCUGACGGUGCUGAGGCUGAGCGCGGGCGACCAGGUGUGGCUGGAGGUGGCGCGGGACUGGAACGGGCUCUACGUCAGUGCUGAGGACGACAGCGUCUUCACAGGGUUUCUUUUGUACCCCGAUGACGUUUCCGAGAUCCUGCUAUAGAUUUAAAGGGUAAACCUGUUACGAAGGCAUGUCUUUCCCUCCACCUUUGAGUAGAGAGAAGUGAAGUAUCAGUUAGUGACUGCGUUUGGUAUUGGUUUAGUGGUGAGGUUUCCUGAUCUUUUAACAAAAAUGCUUCUAUUUGUAAGAAAUUGAUUAAUUUUAAUUAGCAGCUCUGAUUUUAGCUAACAGUCCUGAGCAGAUGGGUGAUAUCUAAGAUGGCAAACUACUGCACAAAUGCCAGCAGGAAUGGCAUGGGGAAGGGGAGCCUCAACAGAUUUCGCAUCACAGACUUAAGGUUUGUAACCAACCUGUUCAGAUUACAUCCUGAAAUUCAUUAUCCUACUUAAAUUUUAACCAAAGAUCCUGUGAUCUUUGCAUGGUCAAAAUCCCUGUGGCAAUCCGUACUGGUAACCAUUAGAAAGUCAUGGUUUUGAUACAAAUUGUAGGGUUUGAUUUAUAGAGCUUAGUCCGACACGAACAGGAGCAGUAGGUUUCUUCAAAUCAUGUGAAAAGAUUCAGAAGUAUUUUCUCACUGAAUCAGUAUUACGUCGUACUUUAGACUUGGUCACGCAUUACAUAAAAGUUUGUCUAAGACAGGAUUAAAACUGAUCAGCUUAAAAAAAUCCAUCUAUUGACCAAAUUGUUUUUGUCCUUGGGAGAUUUAAAUAUAUUUGAAACUUUCAAAAGUAACUGAAAGAGAUGCAUAACCUACCUUAUCAAGCGGCAUAGAAACCCCUGGUUUCCGAGCCACUGAUGGUAGAAUUGAAGCUGCUGGAGUUGACCUGAUGGUGACAGAGGAAAAGCAGCUCGAGAGGAGCCUUUGGCGCCCAGGCGAGUCCCAGGGCUCUGUGCCCGCUGAGCACAUGUAGAGGCGUGUUUCGAAAAAGCUGUUUUACCAAAAUGGAGCUGAAUCUUGUGAAAUAAAAGUAUGCACUCAAGUCAUCUCUGGAUGUCAGAUUGGAUGUAUUUCCUUAUUAGUAUAAAAACCUGUGCCUUGUGGGGCAGCUCUGGAGCACGGAGAGCCUCGGGUAGGCUGCGCCUGUGCCGUUUUCCUGCUUAUUUGAUGAAUGCUGGGUCAGCCCCUAACAUGGACACUGCGAAUUGGGCUAGCAUUCUUACUGCUCUCAGUUUUUUUUGCUUAAAUUGCCAUCGUGCUUUCCAUACCUUAUUUAAAUACCAUCAUAAAUCAUGUUCUUAAUAUCCAAGUUUCUAAUAUUUUUAUAUAUGUGUGUAUAUAUAUAUAUAGAGAGAGGAAGAGAAAAUUAACACCAGAGGACUUCUGUAAAAUUUUAAGAUAAAAACAAGCCAAUUUUAAAAGACUGACGCUAUCUGUCAGUAAAUGUAAAGGGUUUUCAACUCGUCAGCUUCAUAGCCCUAUCUCGGUAUCAGCAAUUGAAAUAUAAGAUGUCUUGGCUUUGUCAAAUAGUUGGUACUUAAUUCAGUACUUAAUCUGAGUUAGUUCCUCUGUGGCUCAAAUUCAGAGUACCAAGUAGAUAAAAGAUGCAGAUUUCAGUUUAUGAAUUCUCUGGCAGCUGUUAAAUAUUGAGGAAAAACAACAAGUUAUAAUAAUAAUUUUGGAUUCCUGCUGUCACAACACCCUUAAUUCUUUUGUUGUGCCUUCACGCUGCUUCACAUAUGGUCCCUGUAACAGAUGGUGGUAUAUGGACAUCUGACUAGUAAUUUUCUGUUCUCCUACUGAAGUUUCUCAUACUUUUUGAAUAAAUAAUCUCUGUGGAUGUUCUUAAGAAAACAAUGCACAAAAUCUGGAGUCUCUCAAGAAUCUGCUCAGAUCUAAUCCUCUCCAUAAAUUGCUUGGUCCUCCAUGGAAAAGAGGAGCUGGUAAUGCUGUGCAGACUGGAAGGGAGCAGGAUUCACUUGUAAAUGAAUCAUUGUCUGGGCUGGCUCCGAAAGGUUUUAAUUGGAAGCAAAAAGAGCUGCUGCUUCCUUACAAAAGUCCCUGGGUAUAAUAUACCCGUGGAAGGGAGAGCCAGAUUAGGAGUCCCUGGACUGCUUAAAUCCUGCGGAGGUGCUCUGAGAGCAGAUUAAUAGGAGCAGCUGAGCACAAUUUAUGCUGCACAAAGAGCCCAGGCCGGCAGACCCCGGGGAAGGACAGCGGGACGCUCGCGGACGCAGCUGCAGCCAUUUGUGAACCCCCCGUAAUGGAUACGGCAAGGCUGUGACUGCAGUCUGCCAAAGCUACUGUGUAAAGGACAUUUUUUAUCAUUAACUUAACACCGCUGUAAUGGAUUUCUGCAUGAAUCCCAUUCUGGGAAAGGACAGAAGCGAGCAGGACAGGCUGCUGAAAUAAUGUACAGCUCCUUCACGUGCCUAAGUAUCUCAGGGGCAAUAACGUUGUCAGUGGUACUUUUAGUUUAAUUUAAAGGGCAUUCACAUGUACUCAGUAUUUAUUUUGAAAGCACUCUGUUUUUUUCAGAUUUAAUUAAAAUACGUUAAAAAAGUA